GAAACUACCGUUAGUUUUCAUCGUCUUCAGCUCGACACAGUGGUGCUGCUGCUGAGCCUCAGCAGUGUGUGUGUGUGUGUGUAUGUGGAUGGUGGACUGUUCCCGGUGAAAAAACACCGACAACCGGCCUCACAAAAAAUGCCUCAACGCCGCUGAUAAACGGGAGAAACUCGCGGAGGGAGAGCGUCAGGUCGCCGGGCAGGUUUACAGGAAAAUACAGGCAGGAUGUUGCAAGUUUUAGCUUGUGGCGCCGUAGUUUUCCCCGGUCUCUUCUUCGCCUUCAGGAGGAUCCUGCCGUGUGUGUUCAAACACUGGAGCGAUGCCGACGUGGUGCUGGUCAGCGAAAGACUGGUGUCCUCCAUCCAUGCCAUCAUGGCAACCACGGCAGGAGUCAUCGUUGUGUCAUCAUGCCGGGGAAGCGUCAUUAACGACAGGCACUGGCUGGCGACUGCCUUCGUCGUCUGGUAUGGCGUGCCCUACAUGACGUACGACAUCUUCGCCAUGUACCUCAGUCACUUCCACCGCUUCCGAGUCAAAGGGCACGAGGACUACAAGCAGCACUCCCUGAGGACAGUGCACUCGUUCAUCCGCAGAGAGUUCCUGCUGGUGUUGCAUCACAUUGCUCUGCUCACCAUCCUGCUGCCCGUCACACUGUUCUUCAGGAGGGAGCAGGGGGAUUUCUUCAUCGGCUGUUUGUUUUUAACGGAGCUCAGCACACCCUUCGUCUCCCUGGGGAAAAUACUCAUUCAGCUCAGCCUCCAGGAAUGCUGGCUGCACAAGGCCAACGGCGGCAUGGUGCUGCUGACCUUCUUCAUGUGCCGCAUCGCCCUCUUCCCCUACAUGUACUGGGUGUACGGGCAACACUACGGCAUCCCGCUCUACAGCGUCCCCUUCCACCUGCCGCUCCUUACCAACCUGGGCAACUCGUGCAUCCUGGCGCCGCAGGUCUACUGGUUCGUCCUGCUCUGCCGAAAGGGCUACCGUCUUUACAAGCGCAGCCGCAGUCAGGACUCGUCUCCUGUGGCCGCCGUCACUGACAAUUCAAAGGAUGAUUGAAAUCCGAUUUCACGACUGCUCGCUCAAGCCGCACACUCUGCUACUAACGCAACUACUCCUGCAACAGGCACUACUUUGACUUAUCACAUUCGAAAAACCCCCCACCAUCGUACUGUAGUACACCAGGACUGCCUGCUCUCGUCCCACAACUCCUGGGCAUUUUCCGUACACUUUUACUCCUCCGUUUUCAAAUCUGCUGCUGGAGCAGACUUCUCCUCCUCGGAUAAAGUUCUACUACUGAAGUUUGAAGAUUUGUUUUAUUUUUUUUUGUGUUUUUUUUGUUUUUCUGGAUUUGGCUCUUUCCUGGAUCUAUUUGAAGUGCUACUUCAUAUUUAACAUUUACAACACUAAAGAAAAAAGUCAUGUUUGCUUCACUGAGAGUAACAUGUGGAGUAAAAGCUGCAGAACCAGAAGAAGAAGAAGCCUCCACGGAGAGACUUUAUCUUAUCUCUUAACUCCUACUGUGUUUACAGCCUCUGCUGACUCGGAAGGUCUGUUACAGCGUGAGUGUGUGUGAGUGGCUGAUACGACGGGUUGUAUUUAUUUUUCAUGGAUUUGCUGUGACGUAUCGGAUAGUUGCGUUUUCCUCUCCCAUCCAUUCACUAAUCACACUUGACGAGAAGGAUAAGGAAUAGUGGUGGGUGGGGAUGCAAAAAAUGAGGCAGUAUUAGCUGAAAAAAAAAAUUGUCGCUUCAUCCAUUUCAGAGCUUAAAAAAAAAAAAAAAACGACAUUUGCUUGCAACCCUGUUAAUGUGAUAGGUUCUGACUUUUUUACCUCCGUUCAUUUUGGUUGUAGUUCUCACUUCAGUUUUUUUUUGAAAAAACUGCAGCAACAAAUCCCGUGUUCCUCACUGCAACCUCCUUCACACUUUUUCUGGCCCUGGUUCAUUUGUAUCCAGCGGCUGAACCUCAAAAUAAGAGUGCUCGCUCUGUACGCAGGAAUCAAUGCUGCACAAAGACUACAGUUUCUGCUGUCAUUUUGAAUUCAGUUUUGGCAGUAUCUUUGAAUGUUUAUGGCAACGACAGGGGAUUACCUCAACUGCUGGAUCCAUCCCUCAUUUACAUUCCCCCCCUCCCCCCCCAAAAAGCAUGGCAGAAAACACGUGCAUGCCGUAUUUUAUUUUUCUUAAAAAGUUCAGUCGACGAGGAAACUCCUUAAAAAAAAUUGCAGACCAAACUGCUUUGAUUGUCUUAAAAAUGAAAACAUAAAGCCAUGUGAGGAUAACAUAUCUGAUGUGUAUUUGGAUUGAUGUACACCCAAGUGCAUUGAUUGGUGAAAUUCAGCUUUUAAAAUUUUUCCUCUAGACCUGUUUUAUUUUUUUGCAUGUGCGGGUUUUUACCGAGCAGAUUAUAAUGCUACUGAAAAAAAGUUUCAUCUUUUAAAUCCACAAUCUGUUUCAGAAAACUAUCGUCAGAAAUAUUUGGAAACUUGUCAGAAAUGUUCAGAAGCUUCAUUAAAAAAGUUUCAACACUAUCGUCAGUCAUUUUCGGAAAUUUUCAUCAGAAUUUUUUUGAAAAAUGUGUCGGAAAUUUUGUCAAAAAAUCCCUUCAGAAACGUUUGAUCGAAACAUGAUAAGAAAAUGUAAUUGGAAAACAUUUUGGAAACUUUCUUCAAAUAAUUUUAAGAAACGUUUGAAGGAAAUUUUCUUAAACUUUCAGCGUCAAAUGUUUUGAAACUUUGGACGUACCUUUUUCACAAACUGUAGUCAGAAAUGUUUUGACACUUUCAGAUAACAUUGUCAAAAAAGCUGAAAUUUUCUGAACUUUCAUCUUAAAUUUCCAGAAACUUUUAUCAAAAAUCUGAAAACUUUGUUGGAAAAGUUGAAAUAGAGUCCCACCUUUUUCGUUGGUAACUUGGAAAGAGUCGGCCACUGACAGCUUUUGUGUGAUGUGGGGCAGCUCGGGACGAAGGUCUUUAAUGGUCACUUACAGUUUAAUGUGGAGUUUAUGGAGCGUUUGUUUUCACCUGUUAUGGGUCAGCUUGUCCCACCACAGAGGGGGUUUAUGUGGACAUGUGGGGUUAAUGCCCAAUUUGAGACAAACUCAGGGCAGAGGUCAGAGCAAUAAGGUGAGCAGCGACUCAACAGGUCAAACCUAGACGAAGGAGUGACACUUCUGAGCCUUUCAAUAUCGUCUUCAUUUAUCAGGAGGGAUUCUUCCUGAAUCCUCGUUUUAUCAAACCGUCUCUCUUUAGUGUCCGGGAGGCUCCAGAGGUGAACAUGCACUUGUGUGGCGUUGAGCCCUUCACACAGGGCUGUGUAUAUACUCCAUGUAUCUACAUCAUGUUUUUAUUUUCAUUACAAGAAAAUAGUUUAAAAUCGUAUAUCUUAAACGUUUGACUUGAGAAGACCAUUUUUUUUAAUUUUUUUUUUAUCGUUUUGUUGCAUUCACAGUUGCAUAAAGACAUUAGUCUACAAAUCUGUUGCGAGAUGAGAGAGGCUUCACUUUGUGGAUCUGGAGAGUUUUAACUUAUUCAUAUCAGAGAAUUAAAAAAGAGACUAUUAUCAUCCUUCUUAACCCUGAUGUUAGUUUAACUCCUUGGAUAAUAUUCACUCAGUCAUUUAAGCUUUAUAAUCGACGUAUCGUGCAUUAAAUGGCCUUUUUUUUAUAUCCUGCAAAUUUAAUCUAUGCAAAAAGAAAAAAAAACAGGUUGUGGUGCAUGUACACACUAUUAAGGUCACGUCAUAUCACCGUAACAUGCUCUGUUCAGUUCAGAUACUUUGGGACCGUUUAGUUACACUCGGACUAGAAAAUUCAUCCUCCAAUGUUUCUCUUUUUUUCUUUUUUAAAAUCCUCCGCUUGUCUUUUAAAAUAUACCUCACUGGUGUUUCCACAGCUUGAAGUUGAUUUAAUGCUUAAAAGAAAUAUAAAUAUAUAUCUUUCUGUAUUCACAACUUUUGUAGCAAACAAAGAGACAAGUUUACGACCGCAGACACAUUUUUCCGUUUGGAACGCUGAUUUUGAUGGAGGUGUCGCUUUUUUCAACAAAUCAAGAAGAAGGUUGAAUCAGAAGGAAUUUAACUCGCUUAGUUGUAGUCCCCAUCUUCAGAGUAGAAUAUACUCGACUUUACAAGUUUUGUUUUCAUGUUAGCGUUAAUGUUACCUCUUUCAUAAUAUUUGAGAUGUUGCAUACAGAUCCAGAGCGUUAAAGCGAAUGACUCCAUCUGAUGGUUUCCCCUCAUGAAGGCCAGUUUCUUCUUCUUUGUGUAAAAGUGAGCUCGUGUGACUUUAGCGGGACAGCAGCCACUGUGAAGUGCAGAUCAAUAAGUGCUUUUUGCAUUCUCGAGAAGUCCUGGUUUUGAUCUUCUUCCCUCUCUGAUAUUUACAUGGAACACUUUAAACCUGGUUCUGUAUUUCCUGGUAGACAUGUUUCUGUCAGGAUCCAGGUGUCUCGUUAUCUGUGGGCAGAUGUGACCGGAUCCCUCACCGUUUCAGUCGCUAUUUUCCACACCAAAGGAGAUAGUUCAGAAUCCUGGAGAAGGUGUUUACAUGCUUCAGUGUUCUGGUCUUUAUCGGAGUACUCCAGGAAAAGAUGUUUACAUCAGGGAUGUGUGCAGCAAGCCGACUAAACGUUCUCUAGUCAGCUCCAGAAUUACUAGUCCUUUAAAAUAAUAAUCAAUAUCUUCAUACAUCGGCCCUCAAUGGAACUGUACCGGGGCUGUAGCCGUAGACCGACUGUAGUCCUGGCUAAUGGACUGUCUCUCCUCGCUCUACUGCCUGGAUGUAAACCAGCACAGUAAGCAAACAGCAUCUCGUAGGAGCAUUGUGAUAUGUAGGCUGUGUCAGGUUCAACUGUCUUAUUGGCCGGAUCAGUCACCACACAAGUUUAUCACAGGCAUGUUGACGUUCACCAGGCUGGGAACGUUAGCCGCACCAUGCUAACCAAAUUGACAUCAUCUACAGAGAUGCUGUGAUCCUACUCCUUUCUGAAACAUAGAUCAACAAGACGCUAACUGCAUAAGAAAUGUGACUUAAGUUGUGCUCAAUUUAGACACUGAGUGUCUUAAGUGUUUUCUUACCUUGACACUGAUUGGCUAAUCUAAAUUCAUAUUCCUGUUUAACCAGCUCAUGAAUGAGUCGCUUGGCACAUCCCUAGUUUACAUGAAACGGCGCAUAACAGGGGACACGUCCAAACCUGAUCCUAACCAGGAUUAUAGUGAGCAUGUGGAUGCACUUAUUGUAAAUGCUGAAAACAAAGUGUACCAGUGACUGAAUCUGAAGUUUUGUAAUAUAACAGCGGUCAUCAUAAGCUAAAGCUCUUUCCAGACAAACUGAGGCGGUUGCAGUGAAUCUUCUGAGAGAGUUUAAUAUUUUUCCAUCCACAUAUAAGAAAAGUUUGCAUACAUAUCAUGCUUGAAGAGAUAAAAACAAGAAGUUACAGCUUGUUUUUGUAACACAAAAUGAAGGCAUUGACCCAUUAACUCAUCGUGUAUAUGCUGUGAAUUUAACAUUCUGAUAAAUCGUUUGACCUCAAACAUUUACGCUUGUCUCAAAUUUCUAAUAAAGAAAGAAAGUGAGCCGUGAUCCGAGGGUUCAUUUGAAUCUCAAACCCACAUUUUCAAGCUUCAAAAAACUGCUGAGAAAGCCCCAGGGUGCCGAUGAUGCAUUGUGGGACCUGUAGUGUCACUGGUGUGGAAAAGCUGAUGAGUCGUCUUGCUGCUGGACAGACAGACUGUUUGCUGACGAGCAGCGUGAGGAUGAGGGGCGGUCGGACGAGCCGAGCAGCUGAAUGAUGGGAUUGUUUGUCGGGCUUGGCUGAGGUCCAGGAGAGUGCAGGCCUCUUGUUGUCCAGUGCUGACCGGGGCCGCUCUGACUGGGAAACAUCCCAGGCUUUUUGUUCUGCUUUCAGUCCAACUCUUUACCCUUUUUUUUUUUUUUUUCACUGUCCUGCUCACCAACCACCAAGACUGCAUCUCCCAUCAGUUUUAUUGACUCACAUGAUGUCAUGGACCAUCAUUCUUCUACUUACCUCACAGCUCUCUGUCACAGCUGCCACUUAAGUCAGCCAUUUUUGUUUUGUUUCUAAGAUUCCAAGCUGCAGGUCUUGCCGAUAGUCGCCGGUUUAUUUACCAGUGUUUCCUCCCAGCCUCCCUCCCUCCUCUCAUCAUCUCUGCUCGUGUCUUUUCUUGGCUGGUGAACUCUGCAGUGAUGUAAAAACUGCUGAGAGCAGACCAAGCACUCCCUCCUCUCUGCUGCCAUCUGUCGUCAGGAUUAUCUGCUUGUCCACUCAGCACUUUACAAACAGGGCCAGUUGGAAUUAGCAGCACCAGUAUAGAGCAUUUCCUAUUAAGCUGUGCAUGUUUCCUAUGCGGUCUGCUGCCAUCAUAUAUAUUUAUUUACAGUUUUUCAGCCACAGUGACCUCACACAACUACACCUAAUACACUAAAACCCUGACCUGAGGGAUUGUUUUAAUGCUCUGAGUUGGAAUUCACCGGAUGUUUUCAGUGAUACUAAUCAGAUGAAUGAUUGGUUUUCUGGGUAGUUUAAAUCUGACAGCAAUGCCACCUGACGUGUGUUUAUAAAGCUAUCCUUCCUCUCUGACCUAGAGUUGGAGAAGCUGCAUUUACACAAUAAGGUCAAGUUUGCGGAGCGAGUUUGCGAUUUAUAGACGUGCGCCUUUAUUUUGCCUUUGCAAGAAUCAGUUUUUUACAUUUUAGGGUUGUCGGGAUACAAAAAUGUUAAACUCUAAUAGGAUACAAGAAAACAUCUAAAAUAUAUCAUGACCUGUUUCAACACCACAGCAACCAAAAUGGAAGUCUUAGGCACCCAAUAUUUGGUAAUUUCUUGUUUUUAAUUGAUUUACAUCCGUCACACUGUCUGAAUUGCACAAAAACAUCGGCAACAUUUCGGUAUCAAAACGUUGCCGAUGUGUUUCGAACAAUUCAGACGGCGCUCCGUGUCUUUCUCUUGCAGCAGCUUUGGGUUCAAAUUCUACUAAAGUUUCUGAGCUUUUCAACACUAAAAAGUAAUUUUAAAACACACAAUAUGAAAAGGUAUUAAAGCAUUCAACAUUUUGAUAACCUUAAGACAUUUGAAACCUCCCGUUGCCCAUUGCUCUGAUUUUGACAGGUCACUUUGAAGCUAACGGUUCAGAAGAAGAGGGUUUGAAGUUGAUUGCAAAAUUUUAACCGACAUAAAAGGAUAGCAACCAUAACAUUCCUCACUUCCCCUUGGUUUUAUCAUCCAAUGUUCUCGUUCUUUUUGCUUUUGAUCGCAGUAGCUUUUCAUUCAGGCAGUUUUUAAGAGUCCCUCCGGUGAAUAAAAACAGAAAAUAUUUAUUUGUGAGAAUAUGUGUCAAGAAUUCAAAUGUAAUGUCUAGCCCUGCUCCAUUAAACCCACAAUGACUAAA